UUCUCAAUCGCUCUCACCGCUUCGAGGAGAGAAAACAUUUCUUGCUUGACGAGCUGAGCUGAGCUGAGCAGAGGAGCUCCCACCUUCUCUCCCUCUGUUGCAAGGGAUCUUUCGGAGAUUUUGUUAGUUCAUGGCGGAGAUUUGCUGCGAGGUUGUGGCUGGAUCGUCGUCGGAGGGGAAGGGCCCGGAGUGCGACACCGGGAGCCGAGCGGCGAGGCGGCGGCGGAUGGAGAUCCGGCGGCUCAGGGUGGUCGCGGAGCGUGGGGCGGAGGAGGAGACCUCCGGGAAGAGGCGGAGGCUUGAUGGCGGCGGGGGAGAGGCCUCGACGGACGAGGAGGACAGGGAGGUGGAGCGCGCUAGGUACGGCUUUACGUCGGUGUGCGGACGCCGGAGGGACAUGGAGGACUCCGUCUCCGCCUGCCCGGGGUUCCUCCCCGGCCACCACUUCUUCGGGGUGUUCGACGGCCACGGCUGCUCUCAUGUGGCGACGUCGUGCGGGCAGCGGAUGCACGAGAUCGUGGUCGACGAGGCCGGCGCCGCCGCUGGGUCGGCGGGGUUGGACGAGGAGGCGCGGUGGAGGGGCGUCAUGGAGAGGAGCUUCGCGCGGAUGGACGCGGAGGCCGUGGCCUCGUCACGGGGGAGCGUCGCCCCGGCCCCCACCUGCCGGUGCGAGAUGCAGCUGCCCAAGUGCGACCACGUCGGCUCAACGGCCGUCGUCGCCGUUCUGGGCCCUCGCCACGUCGUCGUCGCCAACUGCGGCGACUCGCGCGCCGUCCUCUGCCGCGGUGGCGCCGCCAUACCCCUCUCAUGCGACCAUAAGCCGGACCGGCCCGACGAGCUCGAACGGAUCCACGCGGCGGGAGGGCGCGUCAUCUUCUGGGACGGCGCCCGCGUCUUUGGCAUGCUCGCCAUGUCACGAGCCAUCGGGGACAGCUAUUUGAAGCCGUACGUGAUAUGCGACCCGGAGGUGAGGGUGAUGGAGAGGAAGGACGGCGAGGACGAGUUCCUCAUCCUGGCCAGCGACGGCCUGUGGGACGUGGUGAGCAACGAGGUUGCCUGCAACGUCGUGCGCGCCUGCCUGCGGAGCAGCGGGCGGCGCGAGAGGAACCGGUCGAGCCCGACGUCCAACCUAAGCCCGAGGCAGAGCAGCAGCAGCGGCGACGAGGCGCCCAACGACGGUGCUCCUUCCGCCGCCGCUGGCUCGGAGAGCGACGAGGAGAGCGCCGCCGAGGAGGACAAGGCGUGCGCCGAGGCGGCCGUCCUGCUGACCAAGCUGGCUUUGGCGCGGCAAACCUCGGACAAUGUCAGCGUCGUCGUCGUAAAUCUCAGGCGCCGGAAAUUGUGACAAGUGGAUCCAUCAGACAUACUACUCCUCUCGGUUUCCUGGCCAUCUCUAACUCGAAUUCACCUGGACGAAGCCGUGAUCAAACAGAACGUUCCGAAUUAUGUGAUCAAACAGAAUGUGGCAUCCUCAAAGCAUAUAAUUGCAGAUUAUUAUAGCAUUAUUUCGUUCACUUCCUUUCUUUGGGCGUUUGUGAUCUCGUCAGACAGAUCAGCCCGCUCCUUAUUUCAGCAAAAAAAGCUCAUGUGUUUCCGAUGUUUGAAGAGAAACUUCCUCAAGCGUCAGAGAAAUUGUAGUAUAAUUGAGUGUCCCCUUUGCUCGUGGAAAUAUAAAGAAGUUCCUACUUUGCUCUGACUA